UCCCCUUGAAUCCGCGGGGAAUCGCGAUUUACUGCGACCGGAGUCGGUGCGCGCCGAUCAUUUUCCAAUGCAGCGUUAAACGGAGGCGGCCGGACAUUUAAUGGCACGGCAAAACGAAAUAAUUUUACGAUCGACUGGUCCAGCGAAGGCCGUGGCCGACGUUCGACACGGCUGCCGUGAAAUUUCAUCGCGGACCAUGUAAUUGGACUCGUCGCGAGCGCAGCCGCGAGCAAAUUCGGCGUGACUUAGGUUUCUAUCGGUUCGAACGGAAAGUUUCGUCGCUGAGAUUCCUGUGAGUUUUCUGACAUUUCUUGGAAAGAUCGGGGACAGUUGCAUCGGUUGGUGGAACAGGAACUUAGCAUAAUUUUCAAAUGGGAAGUCCUGUGACUUGAACUGAAUGUUGAUCGACGGAGACAGUGACUCAUGUCGGUUUACCUGGUUGUGCGUAGACGCAACGUGGAUUUUCCUCUUGAUCUAGUUAUGAAUUUUACUGAGAAAUGUAAGUGUUUCGAAUGAUCUAAUUAAAACGAUCCAGAAAUUAUGACGUAUCUUAAAUCUUAUCGCAAAAUAUAGUUGCAGUUUCCGGCACCAAAUGCAACGUCUCAAAGUCAUUUCAAAUAGACAUAGAAAUCUACGACAUAAAUCAUUCGAGAUUAUUCCAAAUUAUUCGAAAUUAUCAGAGAUCACCGCGAACUAUUCCAAAUAAUUACGAAUUACUAGAAAAGACCACAAGAAAAAAUACAAAUUUAUAAUAGAAAACCCAGUGAAGAGACGCAAAUACUUUACAAAGUAGGCGCACAAUGCCGCAAGAGCUGUAACGAUCGUCAAAAUGAAUCCAACAUGGCCGCGAAGAAGUUCCCAAGCCCAACGGGCGCAAGUAUGGCGACGUUCCCGAAAGGAAGAACUGAAAACGAAGCGCGCACCAAGGAAAUUAGAAAAGGAACUCAGCCGAUCAGAGGAAAAGUGGAGAAGUAGGAUCGCGUUGACGUCGGCGGACGACGUCGAAGGGGCCACCGCGGUGCAGCAACGCCGGCACAAAAGAUGCAGAGAUGGUGGUGGAAGGAUGGGGGACAACGAACAAUUCAGGGUCCUCGUAACCGGUUCCAUAUAAAAGCAUGUGCUCGGUCAACGGGAGGAGACAUUCUCACCGAGUAAUCGGGCCGGUGAUGACCAACCCGUAAGGUCAUCGAAUUGCGUCCCGGAUUAAACACGUUAUCUGCCCUUCGACGGGACUUGGACCUUCGCAGACACGAACCGCCGAGAUCAAUCGACGAUCUACAGCUUCCGAGACCAAUCGCCAACCGACAGAUUCGAUAGUAAUCGAGAAAUAAUCGGUCGCCACGAGAGAACGCUGAAUAAGUGGAGAAGAAGUGGUUGGAGGAAGAUCAGCGGAUUUCAGAGGAUUUCGCGAGUUGUCCGAAGAGUUUCUCGACGUCGAAGCGGAGAGAAGAAAGUGUGGGACGAGCAGAAGAGCGUUCGGACGGGUCUGCUGGGAAGAUUCUCAACGGGAAAAGAGAACGACGGUGUGCUCACGGGAAACGCGUGCGGAACGAGUGAAAGUUUCUCCAGAAUUCAGCCGUUUCGUUGAGCCGAGUGUUACCGUGACGUUGCCGCGGCGAGUUCUUUGCUACCGCUGAACCCUUAGGACCACGCGAAACGGCUCGUGACUGAGGAUAACGAGUUGGACGACACCUUCAGAGAUGGGCAGCAUUCUACAGCAGUCGGUCUUAAAAGGCCGGCAGACUGACGGCGUCAAGGAGAAGGAUUUGCUUCAUAAAUUAUUCAGAGAGGCGGCGGCAAAUUAUUCCAAUCAGCUGGCGAUCUACCACGAAGAUGACCACGGCGAAGAGUACACGCUGACAUUCGGUGAACUCGACGAGCUGACCGACAGCAUCGCUCGGGUCCUUAGAAAAUUGGCGGACCCGGAAAAGUCGUCGCAAUCAUUAAUAGCGGUAUGCAUGAAGCCGUCGCAUCGGCUGCCGACCGUGUUGCUGUCCAUCAUCAAAGCCGGAAUGGCGUACUUGCCACUGGACGUGGAAUUCCCGACGAACAGGAUCAAACACGUUCUACAAGAAGCCAGCCCUCUGAUGGUGUUGACGGAGGAAGCAGCUGACCGGUCUAUCUACGACGGAACGAUGACGAUGACCUACGAGGAACUGGCUCAAAGAGCUGCCGCGGAGGAGAAGGACGAGCUGGAGCAACGGGAGAGCCCGGAGCAGCUCGCGAUCGUUCUUUACACUUCCGGCAGCACCGGUGUACCGAAAGGAGUGCUGCUGCCACACGCGACCGUGUUAAAUCGGCUACGGUGGCAAUGGCGGGAGCUGCCGUACGCGCCCGACGAGAAACGAUGCGUGUUCAAGACGUCUCUGACGUUCGUCGACAGCGUGUCCGAGGUCUGGGGGCCGCUUCUACAGGGUCGCACGCUUGUCGUUGUUCCGAAGCAUGUCACCAAAGACCCGGAGAGAUUCGUGCGAGUGCUGGACAAGCAUCAGAUACAACGACUGGUGCUGGUGCCCUCCUUGUUGCACUCGAUGCUCAUGUACUUCAGCCUGCGGGAAAAGGAGAACGUGUUACGAUCGCUGAAGCUGUGGGUCUGCUCCGGCGAAACGUUGCCGGUCACGCUGGCUGACCAAUUCUUCGCCACGUUCGGCGACGGCGACAAGAUCCUGGCGAACUUCUACGGCAGCACGGAAAUCAUGGGCGACGUCACUUAUCAUCUUAUGGACAGUCGCAACCAGCUUCAGUCAGCCGAGAAAAUUCCUAUAGGGAAACCGUUAGACAACUGUGCCGUCUACAUCGUGAAUAAGGAAAUGCGGCUGGUGCCGCAAGGUGAAGUCGGCGAGCUAAUAGUGGCUGGGAGAAACCUAGCUGCUGGAUAUCUCCGAGACAACGACUCCCGUAAAUUCCUGGAGAAUCCUCAUGCCAUCGAUCCAGAAUAUUCGAGGAUUUAUCGUACUGGCGACUACGCCAGGAUAUCAAAAGGUGUUGUCAUGUACGAAGGACGCGUGGACUCGCAGAUAAAGGUCCGAGGACACCGGGUAGACCUCACGGAAGUGGAAAAAGCGGUCUGCAGAGUGCCCGGAGUCGACAACGUGGUCGUUCUUUGUUACAAACCUGGGGAAUUGUCUCAGACGCUGAUCGCGUUCAUUACCAUUGUAAGCGGAUCCUCCACCAGCGCUGAAAAUGUUGAAACUUUCCUGCAAGGUACACUGCCGGUGUACAUGUUACCACAAAUCUUUAUAGUGGACAACAUACCAUUGCUGACAAAUGGGAAAACCGAUCGGCAGACGUUGCUGAAGCAAUACGAAGCGUCGAACCUCUAUAGUGAAACCGACGAGUACCUGAACUGCGACUACACCGGCGUGGCUGAGAAGGACCUGGCGAAAGCCAAGGUCCUGUUCCCCACGGUGGCGUCGGUGAUAGGCCGCGGCGGGCGCGCGAACGUGACGCUCGAUGCAAAUUUCUACGAGCUAGGCGGCAACUCCUUGAACUCGAUCUACACGGUGACGAAGCUGAAGGAUCAAGGUUACGAGAUCGGGAUUACGGAAUUCAUCACGGCGAACAGCCUCGAGGAGGUGCUCGACCGGAUGAGGAGCAGCACGGACGACGAGCCGAUAGAGAAGAACACGAACCAGCCGGAAAACUACUACGAACUGUUGGACGAUUCGCAUAAAGAGGAUGCGAUAGAGAUUAUCACGGAAAGCUUCUACAGCAAGGCGGACCUGGAGCAAUGGCUGAUCCCGAGCAUAUCGAGAAACGACUAUCGCAUAUUAAUGGAGAUCCUCUGGGAGCCUCUGGUCGAGAAGAAUCUCAGUUUCGUGGUGAAGUCGUCCGUCGACGGGAGAACGAUCGGCGUGUGCUUGAACUUCGAUCUUUGGGAUGAGCCGGAAGUGAUACUCGACUCGAAGCUAACGAUAAUCUUCGACUUCCUCGAGUAUUUGGAGGCACCGAUACGGGAACAGAAACUACCGAAGGGGAAGGGUCAGAUAAUCCAUAAUUUUAUGAUGACUACCAGCAGCGAUCUGAACCCGGCGGAGAAUGUGAUCGUGAUGAAGGACAUGGAGGAAUAUUGCUUGCAGCUGGCGAAGAGGAAAGAAUACGCUGGGGUGUUCACGACGAAUACUAGUCCUUUGACACAGCAACUUGGAAUCGACGUGUUCGGCUACGAGACGAUGCUAACGUAUCAAGUGAACAAAUACGACGCGCCAGACGGCACGAAGCCCUUCGGGAAAGCACCGGACAGUCAACUGGCAAUUUGCUCGUUGAAAAUGAUCAACUAA